AUGAAGCCCUCCGAGUUCAUGACAAAGGCGCUUGGCCUACGCACAAUACAUGAAGCUAUUCUAGAAGGAGACCUCAAACGGGUUAAGCGGAUCCUUCACCAGGACAAGAGCGCCGUGAAUACUCAGACCAUCAGAGAUCAGGUCACCCCUUUGCACUUGGCUGUGCUUAAUGGUUCCCUCGCGACGGUCAAGCUGCUUCUGCUACAGAAGGCUUCCUUUAGUAUCAAAGACAAGAAGGGAUACACCGCGCGACAGUACGCUCGUUCAGCAACUAUAAGGGCAAAGAAGUUGAAGCAAUACGAGCGACUUGGCUGGCAGCCGGCCAAAAGGAGGAACAGAAAGGCUCGGUUCAUUUCCACCAUAUUUCGCGAACCGGAAGCCCUUCGCGCGAUACUUUCCACGAAUGACCAUCCUCUCUCAGGAUCCACGAUUUUGACAGACGGGAAGAAGCUAACAAUUCUACAGAAGGUUGUCACUACGAGUCUGACGUUUCCUGUCCAAAAUUCUACCUGUGGCUUCAUCGCGUCAUAUAUGUCGGCUGUCCCGCAGAUGAUGGCACUUUGGUCAGAUAUGCAUACAAUAUCAUGGGUUUCCCCCUCUACAUGCAACCAUACGAUUGCCCAGGAGCGAGUGUCGUGCCCCCGGAGCAUGUUGGGAGGUAUAUGGCAUCACACUUGGCCAAUCCCGCCAUUGGGUGCCCGAAAUUCUGCACCUGCCGCCGAGGCAGAGACAGAUAUAGUCGAGAGAGACAACGAUUACGGAGAACUCUGCCGGCAACAGAAGUUCGAUGAGGGUGGACCCAUGGACGACUUCGGAUCGCUGCCCCGAUCAAGCCGAAGACCGCCACCGAACCAACUCGCCGGCAGGUCGUUGCUUCUAGACGGCUCCAAGGAUUGCUAG